AUGAAUAUUAUCACACAUGAAUAUUCUGAGCUCAAGCAAUGUAACGAUAUUAAAAAUAAUGAACUGUUAGCAUUCAUUAUUAAUAACCAGAGGAUUGAAUUAUCAAAAUAUUCUUCAAUCAUUAUCUCGAAAUUUGUUCAUGAUCAAUAUUUACUUGAUAUUUCAGUUAAAUCAGUUAGUAAAUGUAUUAAUAUAUCAUGUAAUAACACAAUUGACAUCAUAUCGGAGUUUUUCAAAACAAGUGUUCUUCAUUAUGAAAAUGACAAAGAACGUAAUCGAGAUAUAUUCGAAUUUGGCAGAGCAUUCGAUAUUACAUUCUUAACAAACAUAUUUUGUGAAUAUGUUAAGUCUACAUACAAAGAAAUCAAUGAAGAAAACUUUUAUGAUAUCUAUGAUUGUUCAACAUUUCAAAAUGACAUAAAUAAGAUGAAUGAGUGUGUUUCUUUCUUCGCAUCAAGAAUGUCUGAUCUUGAUGAAGAAUAUAAAAUCAAAACUAUCAAACGAUAUAGAUAUGACUUUUUUGAGAGUAUUUUGAAAUCAAAAUCUCUUAAAAUAUCAAAUGAAGACUCAUUAGUCAACACAAUCCUCAAGUUGAGUGAAGAUGAUAAUUCAUUCUUUAAUCUUCUGAAUCAUGUUAGAGUUGAAUUUUGUAACAAUGAUUCUAUCAAAUCUAUCAAAAACUUCUCAGAUCGAAACAAGUUAGAAUCAAUCACAGCAGAAGUAUUCGAACGUGCACUUCUUCAUCGUUCACCAAUUCUUCACAACCUAUCAAUUUCAGAUGCAAAUUAUUUUUGUCGAGAAACAGUUCCUAAUUUUAAAAUUUCAAAUGUUGAAGAACAUCAUGUUACUGAUCACACAUCUGAAAACUUAAUAAAUUUAAAGAGUCUGAGAAAGACAAGCGAUGAUUUUGAUGAGAUCUAUUCAGUUCUUGAAAAUGCGUCAAAUGAAGGAGAUUUUUCAACAAUCAAAUUUGCAGUAGAUGAAAAAUAUUCUGAAAUUACGCAUAGUCGCUCAGAUAUUAAUAUGAUUCUUGGAUCAGCAAUAAAGAACAAUAUAUGUCUUACUAAAUUUUUGUUCAUUUCUGGCGCGGAUAUAAGAAGCAAAGUUUUUUUCGGAGAAGGGAUUCUUCAUAUAUUUUGCAGAAAUGGAAAUUUGGAAGGUGUUAAAUUUGCUCUUAAACACAUAGAUAUUAAUGAUAGAAGUAGUAUUGGUGGAACUCCUCUUCAUUUAGCUAUUAAUAACAAUCAUGAUGAAAUAUGUGAAUAUCUUCGCUCUCAAUCAAAUAUAGAUAAAAAUGCCAAAAACUAUAUCAAUGAAACUGCUCUUCAAUAUGCAAUACGACUCAAACGAGAGCAUAUUGUUGAAAUUCUUCGCAAAAAUGGAUUUACAGAAUAA